CGCCCGCAGCUUUCCCUUUUCUGCCCUGUUCCAGGCUCCUGGCUCCUUCCCUGCUCCAGGCUCCUGGCUCCUUCCCUGUCAGUGCCUCGGAGGAGGGGAGGCAACACCAUGGUCCCCCGCGCGGCCGCCAUCCGCCAGACCUGCUGCUGCUUCAACGUUCGCAUCGCCACCACUGCCCUGGCCAUCUACCAUGUGAUCAUGAGUGUAUUGCUGUUCAUUGAGCACUCAGUGGAGGUGGCCCACGGCAAGGCCUCCUGCAAGUUCUCGAAGACAGGCUACCUCAGGAUCGCGGAAUUGAUCUCCAGCUUCCUGCUCAUCACCAUGCUUUUUAUCAUCAGCUUGAGCCUGUUGAUCGGCGUGGUCAAGAACCGGGAGAAGUACCUGCUGCCCUUCCUGUCCUUGCAAAUCAUGGAUUUCCUCCUGUGCCUGCUCACCCUGCUGGGCUCUUACAUCGAGCUGCCCGCCUACCUCAAGUUUGUCUCCCGGAGCAGCAGCCGGGCGGGCCCCUCCAAGGUCCCACUGAUGACCCUGCAGCUCUUGGAUUUCUGCCUGAGCAUCCUGACUCUCUGCAGCUCCUAUAUGGAAGUGCCCACCUAUCUCAACUUCAAGUCCAUGAACCACAUGAAUUACCUCCCCAGCCAGGAAGGUAUGGCUCACAACCAGUUCAUCAAGAUGAUGAUCAUCUUCUCCAUCGCCUUCAUCACUGUCCUCAUCCUGAAGGUCUACAUGUUCAAGUGUGUGUGGAGAUGCUACAGAUUCAUGAAGUACAUGAACUCGGCCGAGGAGAGGAGCAGCUCCAAGAUGCUGCAGAAGGUGGUCCUGCCAUCCUAUGAGGAAGCCGUGUCUCUGCCAUACAAGAUUCCAGAGGGGGGCCCAGCACCACCCCCAUACUCAGAGGCAUGACGUUCACCAGGCCCCAGCCCUGGUGCUGGGAGGGGCGGAGCUACCUCGCAAUCCGCUUCUUUGCUUAGGUGGCCCCUGUGGCCUGGGUGAACCACCUGGCUGACUUCAGGACAAUCCGCUUGUGUCCCGCUCGCUGGCCUGCUUUUCCUGCGGGGCCUGGGAGAUGCUCACCAUUGGGUCAACCCCUUUAGGCUGAAUGAUUGGGUCUCAAAAAUUCAGUCCAACAGCACUCAGCUUCUUUUGAUCAGCUCUGACAUUGGUUUAAACGAUU